AUGGCUCUUUCCAGUAUCCUGACAGAAGCUGAAAUUGCUGCUGGUCUACAGAGCUGUCAAGCUGCUGAUUCAUUUGAUUACAAAACCUUUUUUGUGAAAGUGGGUCUCAACUCCAAGUCUAAAGACCAAGUUGCCAAAGUCUUCGGAAUUCUAGACCAGGACAGGAGUGGCUUUAUUGAGGAAGAGGAACUGAAACUUUUCCUGAAGAAUUUCUCAGCCAGUGCCAGAGUUUUGACUGAUGCUGAGACCAAGGCAUUCCUGGCAGCAGGAGACAGUGAUGGAGAUGGCAAAAUUGGAGUGGAUGAGUUUCAAGCACUGGUCAAAUCAUAA